CUCUCUCUCAUAACUGCCUCAAGAGGAUGCAGUAGUGUGCAACGUCUAGCAGCGGAGCUUAUUCCUAAAUAUGCAUCAUACUGCCCAACUGCUCUUGAAGCUGCUGUCAAAGUUUUAAUUAAUAUGCAUAACUGGAGUUUGGGAGUAAUCAGCACAGGACAAGAUGCAAAUGGCAUCGCAUUUGACAUAGCCAGAGCCUGCAUCUUUGGCUUAGUUGAUAUCUGUGUAAGUGCUGCUGCAGCAGCACCAACGUCAUCAGUUAUUCAAGGCAUCUCAAUGACAGUGUUUCGUGAUGCCGUGACCUUCUUCAUAUCCUCAUUUGAAGGGAAGAAUAUCUCCCAGAUUGUGGAUAAAGAAAUUCUGAAAAGUGAAGAUGUUUUGGGUUCAGUUUCUCAAUAUGAGCAAAAAGUUUUAGCUUUGGACGAAUCCUGCUUGCCCAAGUUAUCAAAAUUCCGUGCCCUAAGUCUUCUUAGAAUUAUCUUUACAUGCACUAAGAAUGUAAUUGCAACUUGCUUUGACCUCUUUGACUCCAAGGAUACCCACAAAGAAGGAUAUCACUUUCUAAGGCAGUUAACAGAGAGAAUUGUUCAAGCUCCACCCCACUCAUUGGAUGAUGAAUGUAAUGGAUCAACGCUGUCUACAUCUUCCCUGAAAAAAAACUGUAGUGGCAAAGAUUGCAGUGUUGAUGGUUUUGCAACAGGGAGUAAAACCACCCCAAAGCUCACAAAAGAGGUCUCCAAAAACUGCUUGCUGGGCCUGGUUCUAGACAAUGACCUGUCAUUAAAAAAAUUGAUCAUUUCUAGGUAUAAGAAGUUACACAAGCCGGGAUAUUCUCAGACUGUUUCAUUGAUUGCAUCUAUUCUGGAAGAAGUUUUUGACUCUUUUUUGGAUCAAGUUACGGUAAAGGAGAUUAAGGAAGAAGGGGAGGAUGAUUUGUGUUCAAGAGAGCAUAAUAAUAAGUUUUUGCUUCCUAGAGCAUGCAGUCAAGGGCAUGCUUCUGAGGUUUCCAGAAGUUCAGUAGUUUCUCAAUUAGCAGAUCGCGGUUCGAAUCCGGAUAUUUUAUGCUCAAGGUCCUUGACUGUUGAUUCAAACGAGCAUGGUAAUUUGUUGCAUCACAGUUCAGGGGAAUUGUUUAAUGAACCAGUUUCUUCACCUAUAAUAAGACCAUCACACUCGAGAAGUUUCUCCAUCGAUAGUGGAAACUGUAGUUCUCCAAUAGAGAAAAGUCAUAUCCCCAACAUGGAUCAUCCUCUACCUGCAUUGAAAACUUCUUGUGAAGGUGCAGUUUGCGCCACUCCAUCCCCCAAGCAACAUUUUCCACUACACCAACCUUCAAUAAAUCAGGUGGCUUGGUACUGUGAUGGUGACCCAGCUUGUUUGGAUAUAUAUCCUGCUUCAAAGCAUCUCUGGGUUGGUUCUUUAGAUCAUACUGUAGCUGAAGGGUUUCUUAGACUUCAGUUUGAAAACAUCGGUCCUUUGGACAAUUUUUCGUACUUCCCCCUAAAAGGGUUUGCCUUGGUAGAGUUUAGGUACAUUCGAGAUGCAGUGAAAGCCAGGGAUGUCAUGCGUAGAGGUUCUCCUUGGGGCACUUCUCUUUGCGUUAAAUUCUUUGAUGCAGGAUUUGGAACUAGGGGCACUAUAAAUGGUGUGGCAAUAGGUUCUAGUUGUCAUGUUUACAUUGGGAAUGUCCAAAACCAAUGGGUAAAGGAUGAAAUAAUCCAUGAAGCAAGGCAAAUGGUUAUCAAGGGCCAUGUUAUGGUUACUGAUCUCUGCAGUGAAGCUGCAUUGCUAAUGGAAUUUGAGACUCCUGAGGAGGCUGCCAUGGUCAUGAAUCAUCUGAGGCAACGCCGUAAUUCUAAGAAUAGCUCUCCGCGGCCCCCAAAUGCAGGUCUAGUGAACUCUACUAUGCAUGUUGAAGGUUCAAGACUGGCUUCCACCUACUCCGCCAAUAAUAUGGUUGUGCAGUCUCAUCAUGCUCAGGCCAUGGUUGAACAACAGACCAAUGCCCACAUGACCAGUCAACCUGGAAUGCAUCAUGUUCUUGUUUCUGCAAAGCCUGAAAAUGGUUUUGCGGAGGAUGCAUCUCCUAGAACAAAGCCAGAACACAGGGCUGUAACAGCAAGUGGACAUCAUGGAUUUCAAUCAAACUGGAGACCUGUUGUGGGUCAAGGUGGAGGAAUUUCUGGUAAUGGUGAUCAAAUGUGGGCACAUGUAAAACCUGAAAGAGAGCUCCACUCUGGACCAACCCAAGGACCUACUAUGGGGCCAUCAAUCUCCAUUCAGGGACCUCCUGUUGCAUCACCACAACCUGUUCAAACGCCUCCAGCUGCACCACUUCAUCGAGUUCCUGUAGGGUCUCCACAUGCACCACCACAUCCACAUCACACACAUCUAGUACUGCCACCACAAUCAAUUCAGCAACCUACUAUUCCACCAUCUCAGCCAGUGCGAUCUGCUUUCUUUCGACCUGGUUACUUCCCGCCAAGUGGUUGGGAUGCACAUGCUUCAAACCAUACCUUUCAUCCAAACCCUUCCCCUUCUAGUAGUAUUCAUCACAAUGCACUUGUACCGCCAUAUCUGUCUGCUUCUGUGACUCCCCUUUCUCAGACACAAGCCAGCUCAGCUCCAACACACAAUCAUAUGGUCUACAUGAACAAUCAGCCUUCUUUGACAUCUUUCCCUGCCCCACAUCCUGAAUUUCGAUUUCCAUUUACUCAUCAACCCGUGUUUCAUCCUGCAUUUCAUUCAUCCCCACCACAUCCAGCGCCACCUACUGCGCCUCCUCCGCCUAAUUCCCCACCACCCCCCUCCCCCUCCUCCAUCAUCUGGAUCUUUGAAUUCAGAGAAUUCCACGCAGUGGCAGGGAACCUUGAAUAAAAGUGGGGUUCAUUACUGCAAUGUCUAUGCACAGAGGGUAGAGUCUGUUGUGUGCAACUAUUCAAGUUGUGUUGCUGAACCAACAGAAUGGCCUGCAAAGUUAGAUAUGACAAAACGCACAGAUUUUGAGCAUAUCAAAUCUACAUUUUCUAGUACCCCGCCUAAUAAAAGGGAGAUAUGCUGGUUGCUUCCUGCUUCUCAAGAUGACCAUAAGGGUUUUCAGGAUUUCACAUCAUACUUGAAACAGAGGGAGUGUGCGGGUGUCAUUAAGUUGCCAGCUGUAGGAUCUAUAUGGGCUAGACUUCUUUUUAUCCUUCCGCAGUGUCCAGAGACCUGGUCCAUGCUCUCUCUUGAGCCCAACCCAGUGCCUUGCCUCAUUGGUUUGGUCCUGCCCAAAGAAACUAACUUUGAAUGGGUAUGACAUCCUUUAUUUAUGGAUUAUAAUCAAAAUGGUCUCUGCUUUGCAAGUGGAGCCGGCAGCGCUAUUCGAGGAGAGAGAGGUAAAUACCAUUUUCCAAACAUAUUAGAAAUGACUGACUGACUAAUUCUAUGUUUUUGUAAAUAUCUCCAGUUUCAUUAGGAAAUUGUCUGGAUAUUAAAUCAAAUACUUGUCUCCAAUUGAUGGGUUGUAUUUAGGAUUUCAUUUAUUUAAUCAUGAAGUUUGUCAGACUAGAAACGCUUUGAGAGCCAGUUAACCUCUAUUUGCUCUUCUUUUUAUAGAACUGUACUCGAUGAUCAAUGUAAUGAAUGAGCAACAGUUUCGGGGAUUGCCCGAGUAUUUUGAUGUUGUUUCGAGAAGUAUUUAUUCCUUAAUGAAUGAGAAACAGUUUUGGGGAUUGCCAGAGUACUUUGAAUUAGGAUUGCCUUGGGUAAGUGCCUCUUGGGUAAGGAUUAUCUGUUCUUUUUUAAUUUUCGAAAAACAAGUGUUUGGUAAACUAUGUCAGUGAAAUAUGUAAUAUGCUACUCCUCACGCCUCUAAUCCCCACAUCCCUCCCUUGUUAGUAAAAUGUACCAUUAGUUUGUGCUUCUCUUUCAUACUUCUACUCUUUGCUCACUCUUUCCACUAGAGGUGGGCCACAUUCCUAAAAAGUUGUGCUUGUGCAAAACCAAAUGUUUAAGAACAAAUCUAGAUACUUGGGUACUUAUUUUAAUAUUAAGAAGACUAAACUAUCUUAAUUGUUAAUUUGUUAUUAUGCAGCAAAAUUUUCUACUCCCUAAACAUUGGUGAGUUUGGUCUCAUGUAAAGAAGAAAUAGAUGAACCUUUCUGUGAAAUUACAGUUGGGUUUGUGCUUGUAUUAUGUUAUUUCUUAUUUCUUUCGUAGGGCUCUAGAACAAAAACAUAUUUGCUGACUUCGCUGUACUGUAUUGGCAUUGUAAAUGUAGUGUGUACACGGUUAAUUUUAUUUACGUUCUUCUAUUGCUCUUAAUUGUGAAAAUUUGCUUCCACCAUUAUUUUCUUGGGAAAGCCGAAUUCUUUAUGUUUGCAUAAUAUCUGAUGGAGUAAUUUAACUGUAAAAAUGAUGGUUAAUUACUUACUAUUUAAUUCAUUAAUUAUUAUAAGCAUGCAACCCUGGUGAAAAGCCAUCCCAACAACUGCUGGGAGUCUUAGCCAUGUACAUACAUAAACAGUUGUAGAUAAGUUGGUCUGUUCAAUUAUAAGGUAUAGCACUGUUAGAUUUUGUACUAAAACUGAGAGGACAGACCCCUACUUGGUUGUCAGACUUAGUCCUGUACAUGACCCAAUAAUAAUACAUUUUACAGCACUUGGAAAUAAAUCAAGUUAAAGAGGUGGGGAAAAUAACAAACUAGUGGAGUAGUAAUAAUUCACUGUACAAACACUAGUAAUUAUAAUAAUACUAAUAAGUUGCAUAUCAUUACCUUCCCAUCUCUCUGUCUAUACACAACCCUUACAACUCAUGCUUUUGUCAAUAACCUAUUGUUGUUUUAUCAAGUCCAUUAUUUUCACAAGUUAUAUUUUCCCCACUAUUUCUAACUUUUGAAGUAAUCUUCUAUUUUGUUUAACUUGUAAGACUUAUUAAUCAAGGUGAAUAUAUAUUUAGUGAAACCUCUAUACAGGAGUAUUGUAUACAAGGAUAAUAGUGUCUACUUCAUUAUUAAAUAUAUUGGUCACAACUUUAUGAUUUUUUAUUUCGUUAUAACCUCUCAGUUAGAAUAGAACUUGCUUGGUCUUAGUACUUAUAAGUUUGAAAUGCUGAAUAGUGUACAGGUCCAUUUAGUAGACUUGAGAAUAUUAAGAAUUGGGGUGAAUUUGUGUAAGUGGUUCCUAUAUUUAUGAAGUAUGUGACUGGAUUCUUUUUCAUGAGACAGUGGGAAUAGAUAUUUACGAAAAUCAUGAAGAGUGUGUGUGGGUUGUGUUAUAAAGUAGAAGCAUUGUACCUUUGAGUACUAACUAUUACAGGUGUGAUUUUGUAAAGAAAUUUAUUUGCUGUAAAGAUAAACAGAGCAUAAAUGUACUGGUGGCGUGGAAUAAGGAGACAUAAAUGAAAUGAAGAUGAAGUGAUAUUUGGUGGGGUAUGACUAAAUGGGGGAGAAGUCAUGUGAUCACAGUGGAGAGAGGGAGGGUUGAAUGAUGGGAUGAGGAGAGUGAAUAAUCCAGUCAAAGUUUUGGGAACCCGCCCGCCCACCCACCCACCCACCUUCAUUUCAUCUCUUUUAACUCUAUCUGGCUGAGUUGGUUUGGUAUCAUUCGCCCCAUUCUACAAGGCAGUUAAGAAAAUGGCUCUACCUCCUCUCUUCUGAAUCUGAUGAAUCUCAUACUGUGAUAUUGUUUGCUGUGAUAUACAUAGUAUAUUGCUUUCAAUCAUUUUAAGAGUUAUUCAAUGUUGAAUAUUGGAGUUUCCAAGACGCUCUUUUGACACUGAAAUACGGA